CCCAGGCCAAACGCGAUGGCGGACAAGAACUUACCCACAGUGCAGAGUAUACCUCCGGAGACCCUUGACUUCGCACAUCGCAUGUUUGACGCGGCCCGCGACAAUAAUGCAGAGCUACUGUUGCAGGCUGUGGACGCGGGGCUCCCUCCAAAUCUAACCAAUGAUAAGGGAAACACCCUCCUCAUGCUUGCGGCCUACAAUGGUCAUGCCAAUCUUGUCAAAGAACUCAUCAAAAAAGGAGCGGAUGCAAAUCGUGUCAAUGACCAAGGGCAAUCGCCUCUUGCUGGUGCCGUCUUUAAGGGGUACGACGACGUCGUUCGUAUCCUAUACGAGAGUGGCGCAGACCCACGAAGCGGCACCCCGACGGCGAUACAGACGGCGCGUCUGUUCAAGAAGGAUAUUCUGCUGAAUGUGAUGGGUGCGACGAAAGAGGAUCUCGAAGAACCAGUACCCGCUAUUCCUGGCCCGCCCCAUUGAUCGAGGGUCAGGCGAAACGAUUCAUCGGACGGUAUAAGCAGCCAUUUAUUACGAAACU